AUGAAAAGUGAACAAAAUGAAAAAAUAAUGGACUAUUUGUCCUGCCCUUUGGAUGAUGUAGUUCAUAGAGAAAAGAAAAGCGGAAAGAAUAGUUUUUUGAAUGUAAAUAAUACAAAAAAAAAUGAAUUUAAAACAAAUUUUUUUAAAAAGAAAGAUUUAACACAAGGCUCAAGUUUUCGAGGAAGAAGAAGAUCUCGAUUUUCAAGUAGAAGAUCAGGGAGUUUUAAAAAACCAUUUUUUAGUAACAGAUUAAGUAACAAUCAAUUUAAUAAAUAUAAAAGCAGAAAAUUUUAUAGUAGUGGUAGAGAUUAUUUUAAAGGAAGAACUAAUAGUUAUAGUUCACAUUAUGGUUAUGAUAGUUAUAAAACUCCCUAUAAUAAAAAUUUUCUUAAUAGAAGAACUAAUAAUAAUAUUAAAACGUCAGGUACUAUAUAUAGGGGAAAUUUAAUUAAAAAAAAAACAAGAAAAGUAUUUAAAAAUUCAGCUCCUUCUAGAACUAUAAUAAGUCAAAAAUUAAAUAGCUAUAAAACAGUACCUGUUCCAGCCAAAAAGUUUAAUAAUUUAAAUAUAUCACUUUAUCGAAAAAAUAUGUCCUAUGGUUUAGGUGCUAAGCGAUCACUUAACACUGCUGUAGUAAACAAAAGUAAAAUAAUCAGAAAGGGAACAAAAAAAAGUAAUGUUAUUACAAAAAGUAGAAAAAGUGUAAAUGGGUCCAAGUUUAAACCGUUAAAUAAAUAUUUUUUAUCAAAAAUUAAAAUUGUUACUUCUUUAAAUAAAAUACCAUCUCCUCUGAAGGAACAAAAAGACACAGAAGUAAACCUUCCAGAAUCGUUGAAUAGUACAAAUAUGAGAAAAGGAGAGUAA